AAGAGUUUCGUUCAAAAAAAUUAAUUCAUGCAAGGAUUACGCGUUAGUGAAAAUUAUUUAACUUUUAAAUAAACUCAACUCAAUCAUAUCAUCAAAACUAGGAAAUAUAUAUCAAACAUAUAAUGCAUAUAUAUAUAUAUAUAAAUAUACAUGUGUAUAAAGAAGAAACAAAAUAUAAAUAUAUGAAAUAAAAAUAAAUAAAUAUAUAACAGAUCCCCUCCAACUAUCCCGCUUAAUUCCUUCUUUAUAUGCAUAAUAGAAACUACUCCUUAAUCUGUUUCGCAAAAUCGAAUGUUUCAAGAUUUAAAGGCCACCACCGAUUUUAAAUAAAAACAUGUAAGAAAAUUAAAUUCAUCUCACUUAUCCAGGCAUUCUUGAGAAUACUAUGGCCUUUUUUUUAGCGGGGGGCACUUAUUGUACGCUUAUAUGCUUGAUCAAUAUGUACGCAUAUAGCAUUAGAUCGGUAUCUUCUUCAAAUUGUGACUUAUUGUCAACAAUUUAUCACAUUUUCGACAAGCGUGUUGUUGAGCUUUGGUUGUCUGGCACAUGGUUGGUAACCUAUCAGGUGACUUCCUAAAGAACAACAACGCACUAAAGACUCAUACGCUAAGCUAGAGAUUUUAUUCCAAUUUUUCGGAUCGCGUAAAUUGGAUUGGAUGACUGGAUGACUGCGAUGGCUGCUGAAUCUUUUUUCUUUACAUUUUCGACAAAGAAUUUGGUUUUUAGAUUUCUUGGACAUGUUUAGACAUCUUUCAGGGAACUUUCUGAGGGACGACGAUGCAUUAAAGAUUCGUACGCUAGACUAGAGCUUCUUCUUCCAGUUCUUUGGGAUAGCCGAAGUUGGGACCGAUGGAUGGCGGUGAGGGCUGCUGAGUCUUUUUUCUCUAAAUUUUCAGAACAGAAUUUCGUCUUUAGCUGUCUUGGACAUUUGUGGACACCUACCAGGCGACUUUUCAAAGAUGACUUUUAACGAUGAAUUAAAAAUCCAUACGCUAAACUAGAGUUUUCCAUUCCAAUUUCUUGGAUGGCGUAAGCUGGGAUGGAUAGAUGGGUGGCUGCUAAAUUACGUUCUGUGUCUUAGAAAUAGAAUGGCAAACCUACUGAACUUCUACGCUUUGGCGUUGACCAUAAUAUGACAGCACGUUAUACUCUUCUUAAGUAGGGUAUGGUUAUUAUCCACCAUGUCCACAUGUUUGAUCGAUAUAUGCCAACGAUAAUAUUGCAGACAGUGUAUUAAAAAUGUCAGCUUUUUUUUUAAACCCAGUUAACUGUCUAUGACGGACAUGUAUGCCAUCCGUCCUUGUCGGGUUUCCUCAUAAAAUUUUAUCAUUAUAUGUUUGCCAUCCUAAUGUGUUUCAGAAACUAUUUUUGCUAUUUUGUUAAGUCGUUUCAAUAUAACCUAAUUUCAUAUUACAAAUACUCCAUGUUUGACGAGAUGUCGACAUAACUAAUUGAUUAAUUACGCAUAUUUCUAAUCCUUCAGGCCUUUACACUAAUUUUUCGACUGCAUACAUAUUAAGGACACACUGACAGAAGAACAUGAUUACAUUGCAUCAGUAUGUCACACUGACCGAAAAAUUCCAUAAUGUACUAUAAUUUACUAGCAUCUCUAUAUAGUUUUCGCUGUUACAAAGGAAACGAUGAAAUUAAUAUAUCAACCCCAUCCUCAGAUGAUGGAUACAAUAAAUGAAAUAAUAAAUCAAGUUUAAUUGUACAUGUAUUUGGAAAUUUCUGAAACAAUAAUCGCAUAUUACAGAGGAAAAAAGGAAAAAAAAAAGCUAAACUCUUUGAAAAAUUGUUUUACAGUUGUCUGCAAAAUACUCCUGAAUAUUGUGCUUAUUUAAUGCAAAAAAUAAUAUAUUGAAAGUAAAAUUUAAAAAAAAAAAAAAUACUAAAACCACCUGCUAUUAAGUAUACAAUCCGCAAGCAACAUGACACAGUUUUGGAUAAUCAUUUUUUUAUAUCUAGGAUUAAUAACUCUCCCGGUUAUAGAUGGUCACACAGAUGCAGAAGUGCAACUAAGAGUACCCAGAUAUGUAGAACGUGGUAGCAGUGCUACGUUGGAAUGCAUACAUGACGUAGAACCCAUCGUAUUGUUUAAGGUGUCUUGGUUUCGAGAUGAGGUUAAAUUUUUUGAAUACGUUAAGGGACGUAAACUGCCGUUCAAAAAUUUUACUUUAGAUGGCGCUGACAUUGACUGGGAAUAUUCUAAUGAGUCUCAGGUGACUCUAGCCAAUGUCGAUUUUAAAUUGUCCGGACAAUUUCAUUGUGAAGUAUCGAUGACUUCACCAUUGUAUACAAAAGCAUCGAGCGAACAUUUAAUGAGCGUUUUUUUACCGCAAACAGGCCCACCGGUGAUUAGGUUUCGCAAACGCAGCCCUGUGGCAAUAGGUGAACGUUUAUUUGCACUUUGUAAUACAACACGUGCACGGCCAGCGCCUCACAUAACAUGGCUGAUAAAUGGCAAAAAGGUGGACGAGAAAUAUGUACGCACACAUCACGUUUAUUCGUUGAAUGGUAAAACCCAUCGUCGCUCACAGCAACAGCAAGAACAAGAGCUGGAAGUGCUGCAAGCGAAACAGAAGAAAGAGCAGAUGUCUAAAAUGCCUGACUCUCAACCGUUUUACAGUCAGCAGCAGCAACAAUACAAUCACAUAUAUCAGCUGCCAUUUCAUUUGCCCCAUUUGCUAACCGACCGUUAUGACAAAAGUUUGCGUUGGAGCGGCAAUCGACCAAUGGAGGAUUUAUCGGGCUUACAUAAAGGCCACCAUCACGAUGGCCAUCAUCAUGGCACAAUAUACUACAAUAAUCCAUUCAGUGCACUGACCAUCAUGCAUGAUAUCGAUAUUGAUGAUUAUCAUGAGAUUCAGCACCGCAACUAUGACAAUAAACAUAUGGAUACUGUCAAAAAACAUUUCGAUAUGAAGAAGCACAGAAAUUCUUCGAGUAGAAAAUAUCGUCAUAUUAACGAUAACGCUUUGGGCAUAAUACGUAGCACUUUGAAUAGUGGCGGCUUUGGUCCUGAACCACCAAACUUGAAUAACAAUUUAGGUUUGCCAGCAAAUGCCGGACCGAUGACAACUUUCGCAGCCAGUUAUGGCCGUCCUACGAUUCACGCAAGCGGUAGUAGUGCCGUAAUUGCUGCAGCCGCGGCCAUUACAGAUCUACAACAGGAAAAAGGUCUUUUCUCCGUAAGCCAACUAAAUGUAGAAUUAACUGAACAACAUGUUGAUAUCAGCGGACGAAUGGAGAUAACUUGUUUAGCGACAAUACCAUCAGCGGUAGGACCUGGCGAACAAUUUGCCGAUUACAAAACCUAUUCAAUUAAAUUGGAAGUUGGUCGACCGGAAAAGGAAACAUCAACAACAACGUCUUCAACAACACCCAGCAUAGGUAUGGCUGCCUUGGGUAAUGGCAUAACACCCUCAUCAGCGACAACAAGCAUCAAUGCACGAGAUUUCGGCUGCGUUCUAACGCUAACGAAUAUGCUACUUGUCUCGUGGCUACACUGUGUUUAUUAAAGUUCUGUACCGCAACGGGGAAUUUAUUCAUUGAAAUAGGCCCAAGGGAAAUGGUGGGUUAAGCAACCACGCCUUUGUAUAUCCACCGAACAUGUAUGUAGGUAAAGACAAUGUUUCAUUGUUUUCUGUUCAUUUUGUUUUAUUUAUUAUUAUUUUGGUAGCAAUCAAUGAAGCUGGGGAAAGGAAAUUACUUUAAUUUUCCUUUUUUUUUUUUUUUUUAUUUACUUUUUCUUUUCUUAAGUAUAACUUUACAAACAUCAAGCCAAUGAGUACCUUGAAAAUGUAAUGUAACAAACAAUUAGUGAAUAUUUGGAAAAAUAAACAAAAAAAAAAAAAAGAAAAAGAAAUUCUAAUAUAAGGACAACAAGGGUUGAAAAGUUGAUUUAAGUAGUGUUAAUGUACGUGCAUGUGAGUGUGUGAAUUUGGGUAUGUAGGAAUAGGAAAUUAAAAAUCCUUUUAGAAAUUUAGAAAGUAACCAACCAAAAAAAAAAUGAAGAAAUGUGUAUAUAUAUAUA